AUGAAGCUCAUUCACAAUGAAAUAUUAAAUGCUUCAAAUUUCACUACUAAUCCAAAUAUUGACAUUGUUUCACAACUUUUGAAAAUAAUUCGUGACAUUUUUGAUGAAAUUCGAGAUAUUUACUCGCUCAAUGUUUCAGCAUACUUUGUUACAUUUCUAAUUCAAAAUACUCAUGAUGUGCAUUACGUUCUUUAUACUGUAAUAGACAGCGAGCAAAAUGAUAAAUCGAUGAUGUCACCUAGAACAAUUUCAAUUUUCUUCUGGUUUAUGACCAGCAUUACGUUAGUUUAUCUUCUAUGCGCUUAUGGAACAAAGAUUGAGAAUAUUUCUGACAAAAUCGUCAUUAAAUUAGCACAAAAAAUUGCGAAUUGCGAAAUGAAAUCAACUUCAAAAUUUUUAAUAAUUCAACAAGCGGAUGAUUAUCGUGUAACCUUUUCAAUUGGAAAUUUUCUCAUCAUCAACAAAAGUAUUUUUAUUGGGGUAUGA